AUGAUUCCAAUCUCUAUACCAAUCCUUGACCGCCUUACAUUUCGCGACUAUCAGAGUCUGAUAUUUGCAGUCCUCUUUUUCGGCUUUGAAAGCCUUGUGCGCAUCAUUGUCACCAUUCUGCCGUCCUUCAUAAUCCGAAGCAUCGAUGUGUUUAUUGCAAGUGCAUUCCCAUGGUUGUCAAAACUUGAAAGUGAGCCUCACGUGAGUCCUCUUGAGAAGGCCGAGUCUUUUGAUGAAAUGAUGCGGUUUUGGAAACGAUACAAUUUUGAGCAGCACGUGGUACGAACAUUGGAUGACUAUCUAUUGUGUGUGCAUCGUAUCCCAUCCAUCAAGUCUACGGAUCGCUCUUUACCGCCUGUGGGAAAAAUGAUCGAGAGCAAAGCCCAUCGUAUCCAAGUCAUUGACAAUCUCGAAUACUUUGAUGAACACUUUCCUCGUGUGAACAACAACAACAGCAUUCGACCCGUCGUCCUAUUGUAUCAUGGUUUCUUAAUGUCGUCUGAAGUCUGGAUUUGUAAUGUGGAUGAGCAUCGCAACUUGCCGUUUAUCUUGGCUGAACGUGGAUAUGAUGUAUGGUUGGGCAACGCACGUGGCAACAAGUAUAGCCAAAAUCAUCUAUGGAGGAAUCCACGCCACCAGAGCUUUUGGGAGUUCUCAAUGAACGAGUAUGCGAUGCGUGAUUUGCCGGAUGUUGUGGAUUAUAUCUUAGAGAUCACGGGUGCACCCAAUUUGACGUACAUUGGCUUUUCACAAGGCACAGCACAGGCCUUUUCAGCAUUAUCCAUCAAUCCUUCCUUGAACCGCAAGGUCAAUUUGUUCAUUGCCAUGGCACCCGCUACAACGCCUAAAGGAUUGCACCAUCCUUUGAUCGAUGCAUUUGUCAAGGCCACCCCUUCAGUCAUUUAUUUACUUUUUGGUCGCAAGACGCCACUCAAAUUGGCCCUCUUUUGGCAACGUGUCAUUUCACCACCCAUGUUUGUCAAGGUCAUUGAUAGCAGUGUGGGUUUUCUCUUUGGAUGGACCGGUCGCAACAUGACAGCCGAACAAAAGCUCGUGAGCUAUCAACAUCUAUACAGCUUAACCAGUGUCAAAUCGCUUGUGCAUUGGUUCCAAAUCAUUCGAACGGGCCGUUUCCAAAUGUUUGAUGAGUUACCAAGCCGUCUACCCUACCAUACUUCGAAUGCUGUCAUGGAUCACGUGCCUCCUCGUUUCCCUACCAAGCAAAUCAAGACACCUAUUGCUAUCUUUUAUGGUGGAUCCGAUUCAUUGGUGGACUUUAGUGUCUUGGCAGCUGAUUUACCUUCACCUUUGGCGUAUGUCAAGGCUAUUGAGAGAUGGGAGCAUUUGGACUUUUUAUGGGCCGAAGAGAUUGAAAACGUCGUCUAUCCCGAUAUCUUGAAAUUGCUCAAUCACUUCAACCCACUCACCAAAGAGGUCAACAACAACAACGACGCAACCGUUGCCGGUCCUGGAGUAGUUGAUAUGGAACCUAGCCAAAGUAAUACAACGAGUGAUCGUAGUGAUGUUAAGCAAACAGCAUAA